AUGAGGCGCAACACACGGGCAAUUCGCCACCCUGCUUCACAAGGCUGGCUCCGCUUGCUUCGUACUCGUCAGGAGCAAUCUUCUCAACUUCUUUUAUUCUUUAAACUCCCCCCUACUCCUGAUAACUUUCUCCGGGUUGCUUUGGUUUAUGCGUCUACGGUGGCAACUGCAUUUGCCUGCACACCUUCGUGUAAUACCCUGCCGAAUCGUAUUGCAUCUUCCUACGUUCCGCCACCUGGGAAGGUGGAGUCGUCGUGCCCACGAAAAAUGGACUCAAUAUCCCGAGAGUUCGGCAAUUGGUUCGAAGAGAACAAGAUUAGUGGGCUUGAUGGCUAUGGGAAUAAGGCUGAUUACGUCGCCGAGAGCGACCUAAGAAAGUACUGGAAUCGUCAGCGAAUCCACACGGUGUGGCACAAGGAAGUCACAAAACAGCUUCCUAUCCCGGUGGAAUCUAUCACAGAGAAUUAUCUUCGCAUUUUUUCGACUUUGGUAUAUAUCGCUGAGCACAGGAUACCAAGCCUUGUUUAUCUCGAAGAUUUCAACAAAUGGAACAUCCAUGACAAUAACGUACUUCCGUAUUUCGAACAAGGUCUCAGUCGAAUUUUCGCAUCACCUUCUCAGGGGACAAAUGUCUUACAGGCCUUCAAAAAGUAUUAUUUUCGUUUCAAUCCUGUGGUAUUUGGUUCAGGACUGCAUCGGAAAGAGCUUAGUCCUCAGUGUAUUCUACCCCUGACGUUUCAAAAACAACUAUCUGGGGGCUGUGGCGACUCUGUCGUUAUUAAGAAGUAUGAGCCUCAUGCAGCGGCAGGCAUUGAAGUUAGUGAGAAAGUCAUCGUCGUCAAAGAGUACCCAAAAUGCGAACUCGAGCCAAGCUUUGAAAACGAGGUCAACGUUUACAUAUCGUUGAGUAAUACUGCUAGGAAGGAUGUGGUAUCAAAAUACUUUUUGAAAUACCAUGGCUCAUUUAUUCAAAACCAGAAAGGGUAUAUUCUUCUAGAAUAUGCCAAUGAAGGUAGCUUGCUAGACUUCUUUCAGCGCCGAACCCCACCCUACACUCGCGAGACGCUAUAUGACCUAUGGAAUAAUCUUUUUGAAUUGUUAUUAGGUCUGAGUAUCCUUCACGACCAAAAUCUAACAAUAACAACAAAACAGUUGCGUGGUGUACACCAAGACCUAAAGCCUGCAAAUAUAUUCGUCUUCCGAGAACAAAACCAGGGGGUUUAUCAAUAUAAAUUCAAAAUCGGGGAUUUUGGCCUUACUAGUUUUGAAUUUUUUGAUAAGAAUUCAAAUAUGAGCCCUGAUAAUAAAGGUGGAACAAUGUACAGCGCUCCAGAAUUAACACAAAUCCACGAGGACACGCGCCUUCUCGGUGGAGGUAUCACCGAAGAAGCCGAUAUGUGGUCGUUUGCUUGUGUAUUGUUCGAAUUCGCGGUCUGGAGUAUCUGUGGUGACGAAGGUCGGGAAGAGUUUCGGGCACUUCGAUGUCAAGAAAUUAACCAAUAUCCCUCGCAUGUCAACCUAGGAUAUGGAGCUUCUUUUCAUGACGGUUUUGAAAGAAUAGCUGCUGUUGAUAAGAUGCUGGUAGCUAUCCUUAGUCGGCGCCGGGUUUUUGAUGAUUUCACAGACGGGAUUUGUAGCAUAUUGCUACGUUUCGUGUUGGUCCCAAGAACAGAAAGGCGACGUCGGGCCAAGGAGCUCUACCCUCUCCUAAAAAAAACUCUCAAUAAGUACCAGUCAUCGGAAACCCCAUCAAUAGAACGUCUUCCAGAGAGCUCGUCUUCAUCACCAGUUAGUCCGGCUUCAGUACGGUCAAAGCAGCGUCCAAGGAAUUCAGUCCCACAGCUCGAUUGCAGAAUCGAGGGUCAGCGAGAUUUUGUGAAUUCGCCUUCUUCGAUACAUGAACAUGAGUAUCCCAAUCGAUCCUCAGUUCAUUCCAGCCCGAGAUCGCAUCCAGGUUUGGGUCAACAAACAUUCGAAAGUGAUUUUCCAAUCACAAGGGCUCAUAGCCUGGGCUCAAAACAAAGAGCAGAUGAUGGAGGCCGUGGGUAUAUGUGCUCUGAAUGUCGGUCAAACCAUAUCAAAGAAUUAUUUUGUACUGCGCAAAUUUGUUCCGGCCAGUGUCAUAGAGGCACAUCACACACAGUACCUAAACCCACGCCUGGUGGGGAGCGAGUUUCACACACUUUCUCAAUUGACUCGACAGAAAUUCUCAAAAAGGAAGAUAACGGUACCACUCUACUUCCGGCUAUAAUCACAAACUCCGCAAAACUUACUUUUUCUGGGGAUUCACGCGAACCAUCGAGUCAAAGCCGAUCUCCAUCUGGAGGCAAAUACCCCCCACGCGUACGAAUCGAUGAGGUCCUUAGAUGGAUAGAAAAUGGGGAAAAGACAGAGCUUCCAGGUCAAGCCGCAGCACUUAAAUUGUUAAAAGGGCGUGACCAAAUAUUUAUCAUCGAUGACUCCGCAUUGAUGAGAUUGCAUCAUUGGGAAAAUACUGCCGAUACGUUCAAAGCGCUUGCACAUCUCGUUAGCCAAGUUGACCCAGAUGGUAUUGAGCUAUUUUUUACGUCGGGUCCAGACAAGGUCCGCAAGUCACGGUGGACUAGAGUCCCAAUGUUCCAUAGGGGCGAAAUAAAGUCGCUGGUGGAUUUAGUAAUCAAUCAAAAAAACAAGGUCAGCGAGAAUUUUUGCCAUAUGGAAUUCAGUCUCAGCACAAUUCUAGAGCAAGUGAAGAAUAGGCUUUCCUCGCGACAGCAACGAGAAACCAGUAUCUACAUCCUGACUGAUGCUUUGUGGGAUGACCCGGUGGGUAGCUAUGCUUGCAGUGUUGACAAUCCAAUACGAUCGCUGGUAAAAGAAAUGCGCAAGAGAAACUUUAUGCGAACACAUAUUUCACUUCAGUUUAUUCUGUUUGGCAAUAACGAAGUGAGCAAACGUCGAUUGAAAUAUCUAGACGAUGAUCUAGGCAAAGAGCUCCAGUUUGACAUUGUCGAUUGUCGAUUCCAUGGUUCAAGUGUAUGGAAUAUGCUUCUUGGUGGUGUGAUAGCCGCCAUUGAUGCUAUUGACGACGAUUCUAUGCAAAAUAACAAUGAUCAGUCUCGAUCUGCGACAGUUCAAGAACUUGGUUGA